CAGAAGGAAGGAGAGGAGUAAGAGUAGAGGAAGAAAUGAAGAUUCAACAAGGGCUGAAGUAGGACCGAGUCCGAAGGGAACGGGGUAACAAUUUGGUCACAUGCGUGGCAGCUGUAUUAGUGACCAUAGUGGAGAUUCAUGAGAAUGUUACAUAGCUAAGCUGCAACAGCCAUGGCAAUUGAAUUUGGGGACCGUAGCAGCGGCUUCCACCAUACUGAAGUAAUCAGAUUCAUUAAUAAUGAAGUCCUUAAGAAUGGAGGGGGUCCUGAAUUCUAUACGACCUUUCGCUCUCAGUCUUGGAAUGAGAUAGAAGAUCAGCUUCAUACCAUCCUUGUUGACCCCAAAGUGCCACGCUCCCUCAAGAGGGCUUGUACCUGGAGCGCUUUGGCUUUGAGUGUGAGAGUGGCUGCCAGGCAACGCCAGCAGCAGGCUCGCAGAGUUUGGAGGCUGCAGGACCAGGUGGGAGAGCGCGAGUCAGCAUCCUGGACUCUGGUCUCUGAGCUACAGAGGUUGCGAGAAGAGAGGGACCAUGCAGCUGCUCAACUUCUCUGUACACAGAUUGCCCUCCAGGAGGCAAUGGAUGAGCGGGAAAUACUUCGUGGGAGGCUGCUCCAAGCAAAGAGGUCUGCACUGCCUGUUGUGCCUGAACCUGGAAUGGAACAUGGUAGAACGUCACUGUGGUCAUUUGAGGAAAAGAAGCUGAAAGAGCUGGAACUUAUAGAGUCCCAGAACAUGUCCCACUUGGAGGCCCAAAUACCAAUCUUGUCCUGCCUGCCUAGACUUUCAAGUCCUUGGGUCCAAGCAGUGGAUCCCUUUCUUCAAAUGCCUGUGGCGCAUCCAUUACCACUCAAAGCAUCAUUCUCCUUGGAAUUCCCAUAUUCGACACCUGUACCAUGUCCAGCAUUAAUGGACUCAGAAGCAACAGCAACAGCCAUGACCACAGGUUUACCUCAGAUAGCUCCUUCCGGAACCCAACCACCUGGUUUGUGUGUUAUAUUGGAGUCCCAAGAAGCAAUAGCUCCCGCCUCGGACCAAAUCUGCCCUAGGCAGAAUGAAUGUUCUGAGAUUCUCCAGGAUGUAAGUCACCUGGAAGACAACAUAAGCCACAGUGAAGGAGAAGGUCCAGAGAAACCUCAAGGAACAUCUCUUCAUGGGGACAGCAGCAACAGCCACAAAGAUAAUCAUGUCAUACCCCAGAUAAUGGGUGCCACUGAGAAGAAAAAUCUAAUGAUGCACCAGGGAACAGCUGCAGUGGAGGUCAACAGUAACCACAGCAUAAAGGAAGAACCAGUAAUGCCCAAGGGGAUAGCUGCCCAGGGGAACAAAACCAACUCCACCAAGAAGAAAUGCCCAAGAAUUCCUCGGAGGGUGCCUGGCUUGAAAGAGAGCAUCAGCCACAACACCCAAUGUGUUUCGGUAACUCCCCACGAGAAACAUACUCAAGUGAACAAAACCACCCCUACCCUAAAAAACAAUCCAGGGAAUCUCUUGGGGAAGCCUGACCAGGGAAACGUACUUAGCUGUAACCAGAAAGAGGAUACAAAGACACUCCAGAGGCUGACUGUCCUGGGAAAUGGAACUAGAAAUUGCCAGAAAGAAGACACUUUUCAGCAGAUGACACGCCUGGCUGCUGGUGGGAGUCCUAAUGGGAAGAAAAUGCCACAAGGGACUGGAAAGAACCAGAGACAGAGACAGAAGGAAGAGCCAAACAGGUCCCAAGCAAGACACCCGAAAAAAUGUAAAAGUUAUUUUAUGAAUAAAUGCCCUAAAAACCAACUGGCUCCAAAGCAAAAGGUCAAGCAACCUCAAGGGAUAAAAGCUUUAGAAUCUAAGCAACCUCAAGGGACAAAAUCCUCUGAAUCCAAGCAACAGGAAAAACCUCUCUCACACCGUACUUCAGUGAAUUGCAUCUGUCCAUCAUGUAAAGCUGUGAAUCGCUCAUGGUACAAGGGUUGCUAUAAAUGUGCAAAAACAAGUGCUCAACUUCAAAGAAAAGAUGUUGACCCAUAACAAACGCAUUGAUUUCAGGAAGAUGGUGGAUUUGGUAUGGCUGUACCUGAUUGUAUUACAUCUCUGAGAAGCUAAUCAGGAAUCCUCUAAAAAAAAUUCUUCACUCUUUUCUUCUUAAUUUCCUUUUCUUAAAAAGCAUACAUUUGACCGGUAGCAGCCAUAUGAUUUUACAGCAGCCAUAUGAUUUUACAAUAAAAUCUGUUGAAUUUGUAACACCACAUUUCCUUG